GCACUUCUGCGCUCGCCGUCGUACGCCUCGUUCUUGAGCGCGAUUUCAGUUGGCUGGUUGUCAAUCCGACAAGCUGGUAUGACUGAGUUGCUGGUUUCCUGUAACAUCACACUAUGUCAUAUGUGUGACAUAUUUUGCCGCGAAUAUACGCCACCACGGUCAUGUCGAGAUUCUUUAAACCGAGACUAUGACCGAAUGUGGAAUGAGAGUGUUAUGGUGGAACGAGCGUGUAAACAGCCGGAGGUGACAACCACUGUUGAAAAUGUCAAAGGUGCAUCGCCCAACCUUUCUGUUUCUUCCGGUGCCGUCGUCGCCAUCAUCACCACUCUUGUGUAUUUAACAGAGUAA